ACUUUUGUCUCCGCUAAGACCUUGACGCCCUCUAACCAUUACACACACACUCUCAUGUACAGUGUAAAUGUAUCACUUCCCUAACAGAGAUAGCCGUACCUUCGACGUCUAUGGAACGUCCAGUAAUUAUGGUUGAUAUACCAUCCCCUGUACCUUCAGCAACGGUGAUUGAUUUGACAUCACCGAUACCGUCCACGUCGACAAUGCCACCGAUACUGCCGAUAAAAAUGCCGCCGGUUCCAUCCACAUCGCGGCACAUUCUAGAAAAUUGUUAUGAUUUUCGGUUAGAAGAAGCAAGACGUUCGAGUUUUCGAAAUUGGCCUGUAUCUUUCAUUGACCCUGUCAGUCUUGCAGCUGCAGGAUUCUAUUAUACUGGAAACUUGGAUGUAGUGAGAUGCUUUGAAUGUCAAUUGGUGGCAAGUCAGUGGUCGGUGGGUGAUAUUCCCAUGCAGAUUCAUGAAAUGUGUUCUCCAGAGUGCAGAUUUAUCCGCAAUGAACGUUGUAAUAAUGUACCAAUUGGAGCAAGUCCUGCUAAAGUUCCACGGACAAAACGAAGAAAUAGAAAUAUAUCUUGUCCUCAUGGUUUACAAUAUCAAGAGUCAUUUGAUUUUAAUGAUCAUGGAUUUUUAAGAUCCUCACGCACCCCGACGGCAUAUCAACUUAGCCGUUUGGGACUAAAAAGUGUUAAGAAACCAGAAAUAUUGCAAUAUGCUAGUUACGAAUCCAGAUUAAAUUCAUUCGCAACAUGGCCUACAGAUGUGACACAGCCAAGUGAAGAAUUAGCCCAUGCAGGCUUCUACUACACCGGAAUAAAUGAUUUCACUACCUGUUACCAUUGUGGAAUUUGUAUAGGCAAUUGGAGACCAGAAGACGAUCCAUGGGACAGACAUAUGAUUUCGUCUCCCAGAUGUUAUCAUCUUCUUCCAGCACUGGGCUGGGAAUAUGUCAAUAAUGUAACAGACCAGGAGUUAUAUGAAACUGCUGAAGGUGCACCAAUAGAAAGUACAGAUGAGAAUCCUGAGAGAUCCAAUAGUGAAAAUGUUACCAAUGAAAUGACUCUCGUUGAGAAAAUUAAUAUACUUUUUACUAUUUUAGCCACUCUGGAGGAAGAAAAUCGACCAUUGAAAGAUGCUCGUUCGUGUAAAGUUUGCACGGAACGAGAAGCCACAAUUACGUUCCUACCUUGUGGACAUUUAGCAACAUGCCAGUACUGUUCACCAGCUUUCACAACGUGCAUCAUUUGCCGAAGAAAAGUCAAGGCCAUUACCCAUACAUUUUUCGCGUAAUGCAUGCACAUGUAAAAAUUAGCUUAUUCAUAUCUCUUAUAUCAAUAUACUUUAUAAUUUCUUAAAAAUGACAUGACGGGCAUUCUUUGACGCGCUCCCGUCGACUAAAGAGUAACGUCUUUACGCUCAGCAAUUAUUUUUACGAGUCAGACUUAGAUUCAGCGAGAACGCCCAUCUGUCAUCCCGUUGGCCGCGGAUUUGUUAUUGAACCGGAGAUCACUGUCACUAGUGUCGCGGACGUCUCACCGCCGUGAUAGAUUGUCAAACCUGCGUUAUUCAUACCUGUGUCAAUAAAUCGUAUCUUCGCUACACCGCAACGAUGACUACCUUCAAUGAAGACUCCUCAAACUCCGACAACCCUAUCCCCACUGCCUCUCCGACAUAUAUAUGUAUAUAUAUAUAUAUAUAUAUAUAUAUAUAUAUAUAUAUAUA